AUGAGAUCCUAUGGCAAAGAGAAGAAGUUAAGGCCUCCGUACGUUUUCAUGGCGUGUUGCUUCUUCUUCGUCAUCACCGGUGUCUCCUUCUUCAAUCUUUUCUCUCAGGGAAUAUUCAGUGAGAUUCCAAUACGAAGAACUGUAAACAAGAAAACUGAAUCUUUGGAUCAUGAAGAAACUGGAGAUAGUUCUGAUUCUAACAUUCCUUUUCAGGUUUUAAGUUGGCAACCUAGAACUUUUUACUUCCCAAAUUUCGCAACUAAACAACAAUGUGAAGCCAUAAUCAAUAUGGCAAAACAUAACCUUAAGCCUUCUCAGCUUGCUGCAAGAAUAGGCGAAACCGCAGAGACCAUUCAAAACCAUAGAACAAGGUAUUAAUCUUUGUACAUCCGUGCUGAUGAUGACAAAUCAGGGAUUUUAGCUGCCAUCGAAGAGAAAAUAGCCAUAGCUACGAGGGUCCCUAGAGAUUAUUACGAACCAUUCAACAUCUUGAGGUAUAGGCUUGGUCAGAAGUAUGAUCCACAUCAUGACGCAUUCAAUCCAGCUGAUUACGGUCCCCUGAGAAGCCAAAGGCUCGCAUCUUUCCUGUUAUACUUAUCGACUGUAGAAGAAGGCGGAGAAACAAUGUUCCCAUUUGAGAGUUGGAGAAACAUGGAAGGAAACUAUGAUUAUAAGAAGUGUGUUGGCUUGACAAUAAAACCGCGACAAGGAGACGCCAUUUUCUUCUACAAUUUGCUUCCAAACGGAACAAUCGAUCCAAUAUCUCUUCAUGGUAGUUGUCCUGUUAUCAAGGGAGAGAAAUGGGUUGCCACAAAGUGGAUAAGAGACCAAUCAUUUGAAGAUUAUGAAGAUAAGAUUGUAAAAUUGCAGUCACAUUUACUUGUUAAACAAUAAAUUUUU